CAAAGCCGGGGGAAGCGAGAGCAAAAUCCGGGAUCGAGGGGGGGAAGUUAGCGAGAGAAGGAAUGGCGCCAAUUUUUUCACCCUCCUCUUCCUCUCUCAACCCCUCCUCCCUUCUUCCGCCGGAUUUCAUUCCUCACACCGCCUCCGGUCUCCCCUCCGCCGCCUGUUACUCAGGCCGCCUCAUCUGGCGGCGGAGCAAAUACAAAAAUCAGAACUCAGCCAUUGGGCACUAUUCUUCGGAAGGACACGAACCCAUAUAUCUCGGUGGAGAGCUAUUGGGCUCAGGAAGAAGAGAGGCCUUGGUGGAGAUGACAGUUACCGCGUUCUAUUUCCCUGCCAUGGCUUCCGGUGCUGCUCCCCUCCAGAAAGGUCAAUCGAAAGGAGCGAUCUCAGCUUUGAAAAGGGCCGUGAUGGGAUCACCAUGUCAGCCUCAACAGGUGCAUGUAUCCGUGGUGGGAAGAGAUCACAUGAGAGUCACAUGGAUAACAGUUGACAAGCAAGUGCCUUCCACAGUAGAAUAUGGAAAGGAACCGGGCAGAUACGAGGACAAGGCAACAGGGGAGCACACUUCAUAUAAGUUCAUGUCAUACACCUCUGGGAAGAUACACCAUGUGAAGAUUGGACCUUUGGAGCCCGACACCACUUACUACUACACAUGUGGCGGACACGCUGCUGAAUUCUCCAUGAAGACUCCUCCUGCAACUUUUCCAGUUGAAUUUGCGGUGGUUGGUGAUCUUGGCCGAACCUCCCUGACGAAAUUGAACUUGGAGCAUGUCAACAGAAGCAACUACGACGUGUUCUUGCUGCCAGGGGACUUAUCCUACGCGGACUGCGACCAACCAUCGUGGGACAAAUUUGGUCGUUUAGUGGAGCCAUUAGCCAGCAGUCGUCCGUGGAUGGUGACGGAAGGAAACCACGAGAUGGAGUGCAUAUUUGUGCGGGGCUCCAACGAUUUCAAGGCCUACAACGCCAGAUGGCGGAUGCCAUACGAAGAAAGCGGCUCGCCCUCAAACUUGUACUACUCGUUCGAUGUUGCAGGUGCCCACGUCGUCAUGCUAGGUUCUUAUGCCGAGUUCAUGCCCCGCUCGGCCCAGCACAGGUGGCUGAUAAACGACUUGGCGAGAGUAGACAGGAAGAGAACGCCGUGGCUCAUAGUUUGUUUGCACGAUCCGUGGUACAACACUAACUAUGCGCAUUCGGGGGAAGGAGAAGACAUGAGGAAGGCCAUGGAAGGGUUGUUGUACAAGGCAAGAGUGGAUGUCGUUUUCGCAGGCCACGUUCAUGCGUAUGAAAGAUUCACACGGGUUUAUAACAACAAUGCAGACCCGCGUGGGCCGGUGUAUAUAACCAUCGGUACUGGGGGAAACCAUGAAGGGCUUGAACUAAACUUCAAGACUCCUGGUUCCCGGCUGUCCUUGUACAGGGAAGCACAACAUGGACAUGGAAGAUUGAGGAUUGUGGACGAGAGACGAGCACACUGGUCGUGGCACCGGAUCAACGACUCCGAGGAACAACCGGCAGAUGAAGUGUGGUUGGAUAACUUGGCAUCAUGAUCUAAGUCUGGAUGAAGUUUAAUUAGCCACCCUUUUCCCGCGUAUACACUGUAGGUCGAUCUUUCCUUUCUAAUUUUAGCCCAUUCUUUUCCCCGGCUCUGUACACUGUAUGAUCAAUAGUUUAUACUUAUACGCCGGGGAUUUUUAAAGGAACUGAUCUGGAGAAGUUUCACUUUAACAUUGAGGUCAAUUGAUCAAUAACCCCUAUUCUACA